UGCAUCUGAUUCAUGUAUGUGAUGAACAAAGCAUUAUUAACAUUACCUCAUACAUUGUAAGUAUCGUUGGACAGUGAUAACAUAGAAAAUGUUUGCUAUAAGUAACAUGUUCUAACAGAGACACACAGAAACAGAAACAUGGUACUUUCGAGCUCUUGCAAGUUCUGACAUUUUUAUCUGCUGCAUGAAAACUGGUAUUUAAGAGCUCCCAAACUCUGUGUUUGCAUUGUGAAGGAGGCAACAAUGGAGAAGCAAGUGGAGCUUUGUUCGAGAGAAGUUGAAAUGAUGGCUUCACAACACAUUCAACGACCACACAAGGAAAAGGGUGGUUUUGUUACCAUGCCUUUCAUCAUGGGUAAACAAAAACAUUUUCUGGUUUGGUUUGGUUUGGUUUGGUUGCUUCAGAUUGAUGGAUUCUCAUGGUUUCUGGUUUUGGUUGUUUGUGUUGUUGCAGCAAAUGAGGCACUUGCAAGAGUUGCAACAUUUGGUCUUCUACCAAACAUGAUACUGUAUUUGAUGGGGAGUUACCAUUUUCAUUUAGCCAAAGCAACACAAUUGCUUCUAUUGUCCUCUGCAACAAGCAAUAUCACACCACUCGUAGGUGCUUUCAUUGCUGAUUCUUACUUGGGUCGAUUCCUCUCUGUUGGGUUAGGAUCCACCAUCACUUUCCUGGGAAUGACACUCUUGUGGCUAACAGCAAUGAUUCCACAAGCAAAGCCUCUUCCUUGCAAUCAAGAACCUGAAAGAUGUAACUCAGCAACAACUGGGCAAAUGACAAUGCUAAUCUCUUCCUUUGCUCUCAUGUCACUUGGAAAUGGUGGUCUUUCAUGUUCCAUGCCAUUUGGUGCAGACCAGGUCAAUAAAAAAGAUAACCCCAAAAACCAGAGGGUCUUAGAAACAUUUUUCAGCUGGUAUUAUGCUUUCACAGCUUUUGCUGUCAUAAUAGCCCUCACAGUCAUAGUUUACAUCCAAGAUCAUUUUGGGUGGAAACUGGGUUUUGGAGUUCCAACAGCACUUAUGUUCAUGUCCACUUUAUUGUUUUUCAUUGCUUCUCCACUUUAUGUAAAGAACAAAGUUCAGGGCAGCUUAAUCACUGGUCUAGUACAAGUAAUUGUUGUGGCCUAUAAGAACCGGAAGCUUCCAUUACCACCAAGGAACAACAACUCAGCUGAAAAGUACCAUCGUAGGAAGGACUCUGAUCUUCUUGUUCCUGAUGAAAAACUAAGGUUUCUGAAUAAAGCUUGCAUCAUUCAAGAUCCUGAGAAAGAUAUAGCCUGUGAUGGAUCAGCCACGGAUCCGUGGAGUCUCUGCACAAUAGAACAAGUGGAAGAACUAAAAGCUAUUAUGAAAGUUAUUCCUCUGUGGUCUACAGGGAUCAUGGUAUCAGUUAACAUUGGAGGAUCUUUUGGAAUACUGCAAGCUAAAUCCCUCAACAGGCACAUCAGUUCUAACUUUGAAGUUCCUGCAGGUUCUUUUCCUGUAGUGUUGGUGAUUACAAUAUUUCUUUGGGUGGCUCUUUAUGACCGUGCCAUUAUUCCUCUAGCAUCAAAGAUUGUAGGAAAACCGGUUAGGAUCAGUGCCAAGAGAAGAAUGGGAAUUGGAUUGUGUUUCUCUUUACUCCAUUAUUCAACUGCAGCAAUUGUGGAGACUAUAAGGAGAAGAAGAGCAAUCAGAGAGGGACAUGUUAAUGACAUGCAUGCAGUGUUGAAUAUGUCUGGAAUGUGGCUUGUUCCUCAGCUUUUCUUGGCAGGAAUGGCUGAAUCAUUCAAUGCAAUAGGCCAAAAUGAGUUCUAUUACACAGAGUUUCCCAGAACUAUGUCAAGUAUUGCUUCUUGCCUCUUUGGACUUGGAAUGGCUGCAGGAAACUUUUUAUCUAGUUUGAUUUUCAGCACUGUGGAACAUGUUACUUCAAGAGGAGGAAAAGAAGGGUGGGUUUUGGAUAACAUUAACAAGGGUCGUUAUGAUAAGUACUAUUGGCUUCUUGCUCUACUCAAUGCUGUUAAUAUACUGUAUUAUCUGGUAUGCAGUUGGGCUUAUGGACCCACAGUUGAUCAACUAUCUAUGUUUUCUGAAGAAAAUAGUUCAAAUGAGAAACCAUUAACUCAAAAUGGCACUGUGAGCAAGGCAUCACAUUCACAUGACAGUGAAGAUAUUGGCUUAAAUGUGAAGAGUUAACUAAAUUUGACAAUGAAUAAUUAUUGAGGGUCUAUUGAAAAGGUUGUAAAAGUUAGUGAACACAAUGGUUCAAAGGAAGAAGAGUUAACUGAAGUACCUGCAGAUUCACAGUGAAUAGAAAAAGUAUAUGCUUUACUAGUUGAGAUGUUGAACUUUGUAGGAACAUAUACUACUUGGAUAGCCAUAUUUAUAUAUUUUCAUGUUCUGAUAUGUAGUAGUUGCAGAUAUCAACAGCUAGAACAUGAUAUUCAUUGUUUAGAAGUAAUUUCUACUUUAAUAGAAGGAGUAUCAAUGAAACAGCUACAACAUGUCACUUUUGAUUGAAA